AAUCAAUCCGAUCGCUUUCAUCCGGGAGAGCAAAGUGGGCAACACAAUGGCGGCACAUGUCGUCAACGUGUCAGAGGACGACGGCGCCGCGCCAACUCCGACGACGCCGGCGUCGCGCUCGUGCCAAGAUGUCGCCAAGGAAUUCGACGUAGAUGUCACACAAGGCCUCGGUCUCGCUCAGAUCAGCAAUAGACAGAAGCAGUACGGUCGGAACGUCCUGGAGAACGACGAACCGGAAUCGCUUGUGAUGAAGUUCCUGGACCAGUUCAAGAACCCACUCAAUCUGCUGCUCGUUGGCUCUGGUGGAGUGUCGGUUUUGAUGGGGCACCUUGACGACGCGAUUUCCAUCGUCGUUGCGUUGACAAUCGUCGUCACGGUCGCAUUCGUUCAGGAGUAUCGAAGCGAAAAGACCUUGGACGCGCUCAAGGAACUCGUGCCUCCACGAGCAAGGGCCGUCCGUGACGGUCAAACUUGUGAAAUCGACGCAUCCGACCUUGUCCCUGGCGACGUCGUGGUUCUAUCGACUGGCGAUCGCAUCCCCGCCGACGCGCGAUUAGUGGAAGCCAUCGACUUGGACGUAGAUGAGUCAAGCUUGACGGGCGAGACGCACGUGGUCACAAAGCACACCAAGCCGAUCCAUUCCGCCCAUCUCCACCCUAUUGCCGAGCGAAAGAACUUGGUGUAUAUGGGAACCCUCGUCCGCGGUGGCCGCGGCAAAGCCAUCGUGUAUAGCACAGGAAGGCACACCGAGUUUGGGCUUGUGUUUGACGUCGUCGACAACGUCGAAGAGCGCAAGACACCGCUCCAAGAACGAAUGGAUGCCCUGGCACAUCAACUGAGCAUGGUGUCGCUGGGGGUCAUCGGUGUCAUCGUAUUGCUCGGCGUUGCUCAAGGCGAACCUCUGUUCAAGAUGCUUCAGAUCGGCGUGAGCUUGGCCGUAGCGGCGAUUCCCGAAGGACUGCCCAUUUGCGUAACAGUAACGCUGGCUCUGGGAGUCAUGCGCAUGGCAAAGCGUCACGCGAUUCUCAAGAAAUUGCCAGCAGUCGAAGCGCUCGGAUGUACCAACAUCUUGUGCGUCGACAAAACCGGAACGCUUACGACCAACCAAAUGGCUGUCGUCGAGGUGUUUUUUCCGGGCUUGGGGGCGACCCCACUCGCGCUGCCCGAUCCAUCGGCCACCAACUCGCACGGAUCAUUCAAGGCGACAUUCAGCCCGAUCUUUGUGAGCGGAGUGCUAUGCAGCAAUGCUGAAAUCGUCGACGGCGACGUUGUCGGGCAGGCGACGGAAGGCGCGAUCGUACUGGCGGCAACUCAGGUGGGUCUCAGUGACGCGACGAUUCUGCGGCAACAGUACCCCCGCCUCCAAGAAAUCCCAUUCAGUUCGGAUUCCAAGUUUAUGGCGGUCCAAGUUGCAACCCCCCAACGCACGAACGAGUGGCACGUGAAGGGGAUGCUGGAAGCCGUGCUCCCACGGUGUUCUCAGUACCAAGACGCUUCGUUUACCAAGCAUGACCUUCUGCCGCCGGACAAGGACCUCAUUUCGCAAACAGCGCGCACGAUGGCUCGUCGUGGCCUACGCAUCUUGGCACUUGCUGUCGGCAGCAAUUCCAUCGAGUCCAACAUGAUUUUUCUCGGCCUCGUGGGCAUUUCGGAUCCGCCGCGCCCGGGAGUCCUCCAGACGAUUCGAAAACUCGACAGCUGUGGCGUGACGACUGUGAUGCUGACGGGCGAUGCCCUGGACACGGCGAGCGCGAUUGCCGCCCAAGUCGGGAUUCUGACCGAUUCGACCGAGCCCACCGACGAAGCGAGUGCAGAGGCUGCGAAGCUCCUGCAGUCCAGCGACAGCGUUGGUGUGUGCUCGGGCCAAGAACUGGACGCGAUGACAGACGAAGAGGUGCGGGAAAAGGUUCUCACGACAAGGGUAUUCUACCGCACAUGUCCAACUCACAAGCUGAAGAUCGUGCGAGCAUUUCAAGCGCACAAGUCGCAAGUCGCCAUGACUGGUGACGGUGUCAACGAUGCACCAGCGUUAAAGGCAGCAGACAUUGGGAUCGCCAUGGGCACGACUGGCACGGAUGUGUCGAAAGAAGCGUCGGAUAUGAUUCUCCUCGACGAUAACCUGACCACGAUCUUGCACGCGAUGGCAGAAGCCAAGGGCAUCUAUCACAACAUUACGCACUUUUUGCGGUUCCAGCUCAGCACGUCGGUCGCGGCAUUGAGCUUGGUGGCGUUCUCGACCUUGUUUGACCUGCCGAACCCGCUCAAUGCGAUGCAAAUUCUCUGGAUCAAUAUCAUCAUGGACGGCCCACCGGCGCAGUCUCUCGGUGUCGAGCCCGUGGACGGUGAUGUGAUGCGUGAAGGGCCCCGCGCCGCGGACAUCCCGAUCAUCACUCGAGCGAUGCUGAAGCGGAUCGCUGUGUCGGCACUUGUCAUUGUAUCUGGGACGUUGUUUGUGUUUGUGAACGAGCUCGACGACGACUGGCAAGUCACCAAGCGAGACCGCACCAUGUCGUUUACUACGUUUGUGCUGUUUGACAUGUUCAACGCGCUGAGCUGUCGCCACGAAACCAAGUCGGUCUUUUUCAUCGGGUGGUUCUCCAACGCGGCGUUUUGCAUCGCAGUCGGCGCGUCGCUCGUCGGCCAGCUCAUGGUCAUUUACGUCCCGUUCCUCCAGGCGAUCUUCCAAACAGAAGCGUUGAGUGUGGGAGAUCUCGCGUACAUGACAGCGAUCGCGUCGUCUGUAUUUUUCGUCGACGAAGUCCGCAAGUGGACGGGGAACUCCAACGCGGCCAAGGCGGCGCUAGGACGAUGGGCGACUGGUCCCCGAAAGAAAAAGUAUUCCAAGGUCUUGGACGACUCGGACACAGUGUAAUUCGUCGAGUGAUGCACAGAAUAAUGCUCCAAUUUGACAAUGUAAAGCCCGCGAACGUAACAUGCGCCAUCUUGAAUAGAUUUUUUGACGCAUCCAUCGAUGACACAACAACGCAUCGACACCCGGACCUGCCAACACCACGUCGCAUGGCCAACCCCGGGGCGUCGAGAUAUCAUGGCGCCGGUCGCACGCUACUUGCGUCUAUGGAUCGAUGAGGACAGGAUUCACGGAGACAACGAGAGCGGAUGUCACCUACUGUCCAAAUGAAGAGACUUGUACUGAUUCAGCGAGCGAUCGAGGCUUGGGGCAUGAUCAAACGAGCCCAAGUUCGAGCAAGCUUCGACCACUUCCUACACCAUCGUGCAAGGGUUCGUUUCGUGCACAACUAGCAGAAACUACUCCGAGUAGUCGAGAACUUGAUUCGAGCGAUUUUCGAGAUUUCAAUUUUGUUGAAUUUAUUUCUGUCGGGUUUUGGCGUGC